AUACCCAACCUCUGGCAAACAAUACAACGGGUACAAAGCCACUCUUAGUGCGCUACCCGAUUUCAGAUUCGAGCAUAACUGAUCUGAUGCUUAUGGUUAGCGGAUAUGCAAUUACCAAUCAUACAGGAAUAGGCUGCCCUCAAAUAACGCCUAUGAUUGACAGAAGUAUGCGAUCAUCAACCAUACAAGCCCUCUAUCGUCAA